AUGUUUCGCCUUCGAUUUCUUCCCAUUGCGGCAGGGCUGUCUGCUGUUUCCCGGCGUUACCAUGGGACGGCACAUCACCCCAGGACCAGGCGUAGGCUCGUGGCGGCAGCUUUCAUAGGGACAACUGCAGCAACAGCAAGUGCCAGGUUCCUUUGGCAGAGGGCCUAUGCAGAAGACUCGUCCUCUGUAAAACAUGAUCCAAGGACAGAGCCGAGCGAGAAGGUGAAGCAUGAGGAGGAGGAGGAAAGCAGUGGCGGUGAGGGUAGAAAGGCCGUUGCAUCAGGCGACGAGGAGGCUCAGCCGGAAGCGAAGAAGAAGAAGCGUUCUGGGUUCAGGGACCGUAAGGUGAUGGAAUAUGAGAACAGGAUCAGAGCCUACUCCACGCCGGACAAAAUCUUCAGAUACUUUGCCACUUUGAAAGUCAUAAACGAGCAUGGUGAAUCAGAGGUUUUUAUGACACCGCAGGAUUUUGUGAGAUCUAUAACACCUAAUGAAAAACAACCGGAAAACCUGGGCCUGGAUCAAUUUAUAGUGAAACGUUAUGAUGGGAAGACAGAGAAAUUAUCCCAGGAGCGAGAGAAGUUUGCCGAUGAAGACAGCAUAUUUUACGCGCUUGGAGAAUGUGGACUCAUUUCUUUUUCUGACUACAUCUUCCUCACGACGGUCCUUUCCAGUAAGUACAGGAUGAAUAUUGCUUUCCAGCUCAUCAACGGUUACUAG